GUCUUUAAAAUAGAGGUGCUAAUGAGUGGAAGGAAACAUUUUGUGGAGAAGAGGUAUAGUGAAUUCCAUGCACUGCAUAAAAAGCUCAAGAAGUUCAUAAGAACUCCAGAGAUUCCUUCAAAGCAUGUGAGAAACUGGGUCCCCAAGGUUCUGGAGCAGCGACGGCAAGGCUUGGAGUUGUACUUGCAGACAGUCAUUUUAGAAAAUGAAGAGCUCCCUAAAAUAUUUCUUGAUUUCCUGAACAUUCGGCAUGUACCUACCUUGCCAAAAGCAGAAAGCUGUGGCUCUUUUGAUGAAACAGAAUCUGAAGAAUCAAGCAAACUGUCCCACCAGCCUGUGCUGCUGUUCCUAAGGGAUCCAUAUGUCUUGCCUAAAGCCAACGAUGACUUUCCAAACGUAGUAAUAGAAGGCAUUCUACAUGGAAUAUUUUAUCCUCAUUUACUGCCUAGGUAGAAGUGAUGCGUGGCUACAAGAAGCUGAAGCAAGUCUCCAAGUCAUGUUUAAUGGAAUUAACAGAAAUGAAAUUCUGUUAUGUGAAAAUUAAGCUCAGAAGCAAGAGACACAACCUCAGUUUAAGUUCAAGCAUUAUGUCUUUUUAAACAAAAUCAAUGUCACUACAUUUGCUGUUUUUAAAAAAAAGAUGAUAUGGAAACAACAGUAUUGAAGUUAUUUAUGCCUUCUAUAUAUUGACAUGCUCUAACUAUUUAACACUAAAAGCUGAAUGUCAUACACUGAAUUACACUAACCUUUGAAAAGAGCUGAAAGCUUUACUAAUUAUUUCUACAAUUUCUAUCAUAAAUUACACUAAACCUUUUUGCACCAGGAUUUUUCCCAGCACAUAACCCAUUGCUGGCAGUGGAUGGAUUAAAAGUGCUGAA